UUUUUUAUAUAUUUUAAUUUUAAUUUUAUAAAUAUAAUAAAGUUAUAGAUGGUGGCAUGCUUUGCCAGGUGUUGGGGUACUAGUAGAAUUUAUACAAAUAUAUAAACACAAAUCUUUCUCUCCCACCAUUCUCACAUGAUCUCUAAUCUCUCUAUAUAUAUAUCCAAUCUUUCUCUCUAUAUAUCCAAUCUUUAAAGUUACAAGUAAGUGGGAAAGUAUAGUCUUAUAGAUAAGCAACACAAAAAAGAGAAAGUGAGUAAUAUUAUUUCCAUAAAUGGAAAGUAUUAACCACCUUAAACAAGACGGGGCAACGGUGUUAACUACCACCAAAUUACCUUCAAGAUUUAAGAGAAUUUGUGUCUUUUGUGGAAGCAGUUCAGGCAAGAAUCCCGUUUAUCGCCAUGCCGCCAUCCAACUUGGCAAUGAAUUGGUUGAAAGGAAGAUUGAUUUAGUCUAUGGAGGAGGAAGCAUUGGGUUGAUGGGCCUGGUUUCCAAGUCCGUGUUUGAUGGUGGUUGCCACGUCUUAGGAGUUAUACCUGAAGUGCUUAUGUCCAAAGAGAUUAUUGGAGAAACUGUUGGUGAUGUAAAAUCAGUGUCGAAUAUGCAUCAACGAAAAGCCGAGAUGGCACGCCAAGCUGAUGCAUUUAUCGCAUUACCUGGUGGGUAUGGUACACUUGAGGAGCUUCUUGAAGUCAUUACAUGGGCACAACUUGGAAUCCACCAAAAACCGGUAGGAUUAUUGAACGUAGAUGGAUACUACAACUCGUUACUGUCUUUCAUAGAGAAGGCUGUUGAUGAAGGUUUCAUCACCCCUGAAGCCCGUCGGAUUAUUGUCUCUGCCCAAACCGCUCAUGAACUCUUGUCCAAGUUGGAGGAGUACAACCCAGAACAUAAUGGGUCAGAAGCUAAGUCGAGUUGGGAAAUAGAGCAACAAUUGGGAUACACCAUAAAGUCAGAUAUUGCACGUUGACUUAAUAUCAUCCCUUCAAACCCCAACAGAAAACCAUUAACUACCAUUAGAUUGGAAGGUCACAAGAAGUUUGUUCUGAUUUGUUUAACAAUCGAUCUCAACUUUCCUGAUUGAAUUUGUGGAUUCUUUUACAUCAUGUAUAUUCAGUUGUGCCGAGUGAAUUGAUUUGAUAGUACAUUAGGAAGAAACAAAGGCAUUGUUUUACAUAAUUUUAGCUAUAUAGUUUGAAACACAAAGUUGUUUUACUAUACACAUAUUUUCAGAUGUUGUAAUGAACUAUACAGUUUAAACACAGUUUUGAUAAAAUUUGUUUGAUAAAUUGUUGGAAA